AUUUAUGUACCGGUCAGAUGCCUAUUAGGCGAAGGAGAUGAGCUAACCAUGUGUUGGAUUAAAGACUCCCGGUUCGAGAUUAUCAACCAAAUACCAGUAGCUGCCACCAUAAUUCUCAAUCUUUUCUUCCUGAUAAAUAUCGUAAGGGUUGUUGUGAUGAAACUUCGGAAAGGUCCCGCUGAAGGACAAGGAUCUGGUGCUUCAAGAUCGUCGCUACAAGCUUUAAGAGCAACGCUAUUGCUAGUACCACUGUUAGGACUUAAUUUUCUUCUUACGCCCUUUAGACCUGAGAACGGAGAGCCUUGGUUGUAUUUUUACGACCUCAUAUCUGCAGUCACUACAUCCUUUCAGGGUCUGUUGGUGGCUAUACUUUUCUGCUUUUGCAAUGGCGAGGUCCAAGCACAGAUCAGGAGGAAGUGGAGUAACGUGCAAACGUUCAGACCGAGAGCAAAUUCUUGCAGCGCUACUACAAUGUCGUACGUGAAAUCCACAUACCAAACGAACGGCAGAGAAAAAGUAUGACUAGGACACCUGGCUCGCAGAGCCUCUCAGUGGGUUCCUGAUAGAAGGCGUUCUUCCGUCAUGGUGAAAAAUAACGAAGACAGCGCUGAACCUUCGGCUCAAUGUGUAUAGAAUAUUAGUUAUUAAAUACUACUGACACAGUUUACUGGCGUAAAUGAACUAGACUGUAGUAAAAACUAUGAGGGUCGUUAACAGUGUAUAGUUUAAGUAAAAGAAAGAAACGUGUUCAUUUUAAAGGUUGUUUAAAGUAUCUUAGUUAUAUAUUUGGAGGCAAAAGUUAUACAAAUUUAAUUUUAGUAAUAAUAUUCGUACACCAGUUUAUGUGUCGUCAACAUUUUCUUUUUUUUUUAUCCUGUCGACUGUAAAAACUGCUUAGAAAUUAAAGCUGCUCCAGAAAUAUUAUCUGAUCCCACUGCUUUAUCUUUUUUUACUCUAUUUCUUAGUAUGUAUGUAAGCUUAGUAUCUUUGGUGACAUAGUAAAAUCUUGUUUUAGUUGUUGUUAUGUUUUUAUUAAUUUUGUUUCUCUUGACUGCAAUUUUAUCGCGAUAUUUGUGUGUUUGUACAUGCUUUUGAUUGGUGCAAACAUACACAAAAAAGGAGAUAUAUUUGAAUACUCUAAUGGAUAGUAGGAAAAUACUAGGCUGGUUUCAGAGGUGGUAAAUCCACAAUUCAUCAAAUUGCAACCCUGAAACAAAUUUUAGAAAAAACACUGGAAUAUGCCAUUGAUACUCAUCAUAAAUUUAUAGACUACAAAAUAGCCUACGACUCUGUGAAUAGUCUAGAAAUGUUCAAAGCAAUGAAUGAGCUAGGAAUACCAAAUCAGUUAGUAGAUUUAACAAAACUAACUCUUGAAAAAGUUAAAUGUAGAGUACGAAUUCAAAAUCUAGCUCUGGAAUAAGUAUGUCACAAAUCACAAUCACUGGUUUAAUAUAUAAUAAAUCAGUGGCAUAUAUGCUGAUGAUAUCAAUAUUGUUCGGACGACGGAAAACACUGUACGAGAGGCGUAUGUAGCAGUGAAAGAUCAGCUGUAAAAAUGGGAUUAAUAGGUAAUAAACACUAAAAGACGAAGUAUAAAAUAAGCACGCAACCACAAAUCCUGCGACCACAUGUUACAAAAAUUACAUCAUCGUAGCAGUAAACGAAUUUGUAUAACUGGGAGCGCUCCGUAACACUGAAAAUAAUACUACCGUAGAGAUAAACCGCAGAAUUUGCCAACAGAUUCUAUUUUGGGCUCAAUAUCCUCCUUAAAUCCACAAUUACAUCGAGAAAUACAAAAAUAAAACUCUAUAAAACAAUAAUACGCCCAGUCCUAACAUGGGCGUUAGUUGUUCAGACGUGGUUCAGAGACCCGAACAAAAAAUAAUGAAAACAUGUUAGGAUGUUUCGAAAGAAAAGUACUAAGACGAAUCUAUGGAGCAGUGAAUGACAACGGAGUGUGGAAAAGAAGAUAGAAUUUACAACUUUAUAGAAUAUACCAGGAACCUAAUAUCGUAAAAUAUAUUAAGAUAGGACGUCUGAGGUGGAUAGGACAUAUAAUGCGGAUGGAACAAAAUGACCGAGCUAGAAAAACGGUCCUUGAGAGACCCAUUGGUUAGAGAAGAAGAGAAAAACCCAGAAAAAGGUUCCUUGAUAAUAUCGAUGAAGACAUGAGAAAUAUAGGAAUAUGUGCUUUGCAUUGAAACGCGUUGGAUAGAGACGACUGGAGAGAAAUUCUUGAGGAUGCUAGGAUAUACGCAGGAUUGUAAAGCCAGAAUUAUGAUGAUUAUUUAAUUGCUGCAAUCAGGUAUAUUUAAAAUUCUCAUCUUCUAUAAUUUAAAGGUGUCUAUGUUUAUUAACCCAGUAGAAGAAUUUUUUUAAAUUCGUUUUUCGAUAAUUUGUUUCGUAAUAAAAAUUGAUUUAUUUUAACAAAAUAAAUCAUAUUGCCGUUAACCUCAAUCAAGU